AUGGGCACGACCUCUAAAAACCGCCACCAAAAAAGUUCAAAGAGAGGCAAAGACACUGUACUGAAAGAAGUAGUACUAUACAGACUAACCAAUAUUCUGCUUUAUCGAGAAAUCAUUUUUGAUUGAUAUUUACAAGUUCAAUUGUAGUUCAGAAUAAUUUAAUUCAAUUGAAUCUUUUGUAAAUCAUAAUUUAAACAGCAAUCAUUAAUCAAUUACUUAAUUACAAAGGUAUAUUAUAUUAACAAUAUCACAAUCAAAUCUACAUAUACAUUCACAUUUACAUUCAUAUACAUAUAGCAUAAAUACAUAUAUAUAAUCAUAAUCAUGUCGGAUCCAAGUUCAAUUAAUGGUGGUUCUGCUCUUGCCAUGGUUGGUAAAGAAUGUAUUGCCAUUGCGUGUGAUUUACGUUUAGGAAAUCAAUCAUUGGGAUUGAGUAAUAACUUUGAAAAAUUAUUUCAAUUUGGUGAUAAAACAUUUCUUGGAUUAACAGGUUUAGCCACUGAUGUACUUACUUUAAGUGAAACAUUUCGAUUUAAAAAUAAUUUAUAUGAAUUAAGAGAAGAACGAUCAAUUGAACCUUCAACAUUGGCUAAUUUAGUUAGUUCAACUUUAUAUGAGAAAAGAUUUGGUCCAUAUUUUGUAGGACCUAUUGUGGCAGGAUUAAAUUCAAAAACCAAUGAACCAUUUAUAUGUGGGUUUGAUUCUAUUGGUUGUAUUGAUUUUGCAAAAGAUUUUAUUGUUAGUGGUACAGCUAGUGAUCAAUUAUAUGGUAUGUGUGAAUCGUUAUAUGAGCCAGGCUUAGAACCAGAAGAUUUGUUUGAAACCAUUAGUCAGGCACUUUUAAAUGCAGUAGAUAGAGAUGCAUUAUCUGGUUGGGGUGCUGUAGUAUAUUUAGUUACUAAGGAUAAAGUCACGAAGCGAGUAUUAAGAACUCGUCAAGAUUAGAUUAGAUUACAAUCUAUAAUAAAAUCGUAUACAAUAAUAGUA